GCUGCAGCGCUCAGAGAGACAGAGCUGACAGAGAGCAGCAGCACGCACACAAAGUGUUGGAAACGAUCAGGAACAACACGUCAGAUCCAGAUGAAGUGUUAAACGAGGCUGCAGGCUCUCUGAAGGCCUCAGACGUUUCAGUGAGAGAUGUGGCAGCGCCGCUGUCAGCAGCAGAGGACAGAGUCGACCGGACACGGAGCCUCAACCUGCAGAGUCACACCACCCUACAACAUCUGGAGCGUCUUCACACUCAGCUGAAGAAAGAACAAAGUACGAUUCUUCCUGUCACUGAAACGACUAAAGAGCUGCUAAAAAACAUAACUACCUUGUUUUUGAUGCUUGAGGAAAUUAAAACAGACUUUGAGCGUCAGGCUGCUCAGCUAGAUGGCGCCAAUCUGCAACUGUUAGAGAAGUUAAAUAACAUUUUCAGGACAAAAGUAGAUGCUGUAACCAGAGCAGAGCAGCGUGCAGAGGAGCUGAGCAGACAGGCAGCAGAACUGCAACAAUUUCAUCAUAAUGCGACCGGCAGCACUGACCUGCUUAAUGUGCCGAGUAAAGGAGUUUUUUACAGCAUCAGAAAUGCUGUAGGAAAGGCAGAGAGGGCAGCGAAUCAGUCCAGAAAGGCUACAGACCACGCCUUACAGGGUGUAAAGGAGAGAGGCCUGGUCAACAGAGCAGAAGGACUCAAAGAUAAUUCAACUAGUUUACAGACUGAUGCCAAUGUCUAUCUGAGGGAACUUAAAGUGCUUUCACAGGCAGUGAACACUCUCAAAUAUCGUGUGAACAAACAAAAGGAGAAAGCAGAAUCAGUGAGAACGAGUCUCUCAGCCGUCAGUGACGACCUCAGAGACAUCAAGAGAGAUGACACAGAUAUCCUGAUAAAGUCUGCAAAAACAGCUGCAUCUGGCUCAAACUCUAUGGCCCAAAAUAUAACUGAGAGACUGAGGAAUAUCAGCCACGAUGUGCAGAGAAUAACAGUGAACACAGUCAGUGAGAAUACAGACGAUGUGUUGACUGGAGCAGAGCGUGCACUGAAGAACCUGAAGGCAGCGCUGCCUGUGCUGAAGGACAGAAUCACACAUGUGGAGGCUCUCAGUGUGAGAGCGCCCCCUAGUGCCAACAUGACAGAAAGCAUCCGGAGAAUCAAAGACGUGAUCGAAGAGAUGAGAAACUUUGUUAGAGCUCCAGCAGGAAGUCAAUGUGAGCAACGAGAGCGGCGAGGUGAACUCCAGCUGUCUGAGGAGAACAGCUGGCUGAGCUACAACCUGCCAACACACGACCUCAACCACAGGCCUCACUUCUCCCUUGAUAUAAAGACUGAGACGUCUAAAGGUCUGAUCCUCCACGUGGCAGGGAGAGGACUCGUCCCCCUGCUGGCUCUGUACAUCGCCAACGGCAAGAUCAAGAUGUCGCUCGGGCAAAACAGAAUCAUCCAACACAAGCAGAGGAGCAACGAUGGGAACUGGCACAGAGUGGAGUUCAGCGUGGAGAAGAGCACGUUUCAUCUGCUGGUUGAUGGUUUCCGUGUGACUGAUGGACUUCUACCGAACGAUGAGGGAUCAUCUUUAGACCUGCAGAACCCCGUCUACCUGGGAGCUGAUCCUGCAAGCACAACCACAAAAGCACACAAUAUUCCCACGAACAGCAUUAUUGGUUGUUUCCGGGAUUUUAAAAUGAACGAUGUUGCGGUUGGUGAACCGGAGGAAACACACAGAACGUCAGCGUGCCUCGACUGGCUCAGAGAAACAGGGGCGUUCUUUGGGGGCGGUCACGUUGUCUUAGAGAAAUACUUCGGCCCUGGCUCCCAGUUUGUGUUGGCGUUCGAGCUGCGACCUCGGUACCUUACAGGUCUUCUCUUCCACGUUCAGAGUCACACAGCAAGCCUCAGUGUGUUCUUAGUGGAGAACAAGGUGGGCGUUACAGUGAACGAUGGUCACGGUGUCGUCAGCGUCUCAGUGUCUCCUCCUGAGAGUCUCUGUGAUGGAAAGUUUCACAAGGUCACAGUGUCCAAACAACGAGACGUCAUCAAACUAGUGUUGGACUCCACGUCUGAGCAGAGAGCCACUGCCUUCUCGUCCACCUCAACAUCACCGGAGACACUUUAUAUCGGAGGGGCAGCGGAGCAGAGCAGAGCACCUGUACUCUCCCCGUUUGUCGGCUGCUUACGAAAUGUGAAGCUGAAUGGAAGAGUUGUUGAGUUUGAGGCGGGUUCCAGGCUGGUCGGCCCGGUCAUCGUCAACAGAUGCCCUGACUGACACAUUAACAGCUUCACUUCACCAUUUCUCUGACGCUGUAGCCACGUUCUUUUAGUUCUAUUUCUUACGCUUGUACUUUAAAAUACAGAUCGAUUAUGAAACUAAGUGUCAAGUUUUGAUUUUACAAAAUGUCAGCUGGGUUUGGCUCCAGCCCGCUGUGACCCGAGACUUAGACCUCGACAGACUUUAUUGUCAUUCAGUUAUAAAUAGACACAUGCACAUCAAACGAAAUUCUGAUCCAUUGGAUCACAGUGAUUGUAUUCUGGAAUGAUCAGAUGAGCGAGUUCAGAUAAGCGGUUAAGGACAAUGAAUAAAUAAAUUAUCUGAGUAACCUUUUCCAUACUGUGUUUCUGCAAAAGUGCCGUCACUUCACCUUCGGACAUUCAUCCUGAUUCUGCAACAGCAUAAUUCACACUUCAGUCUAGCAACGCUGCACGAAGUGUGAGGAGAUGGUGGUCUCUGGGCAGUCCGUGGACUAGA